GAAACUAUAAUAUCAUUGGUCAUCUAGAAAUUAAAAAUGCCAAACAAUUUGGAAUAAAAAAAUUCCUCUAAAACGUAAAAUAUAAAAAAACGGAGGGACUAGCUGGUAAAAAAAAACAAUACUAGAGAGAGUAUUAUCAUUUAUUAUCAUUUCGUUAUACAAUACCCUCACAUCCACAAGGGAUAUGUCAGAAUCCAGGGAGCAAUAUUUUAUCUUUGUAAAGUUUGCUGGUAAAAUUAAUACAUUCAUACUUGCGAAGAAAAUGGUUGAUGAUUAAUCGGAGCGCAAUUGACAUCGAUCUUUAGCGUAUGGCACGCUCCUCAAAGCUGAUCAGAGAACGACUUAAAUUAUUUUUUAACUUUAUUUUAUCCUUUCUUUCUCUUAAGAAACGCAUAUUGGAUGCUUUUGUUGGUUAACCGCAGUGAGUUUUUCUUCUCGCAUACUUUUCAAUUAAUUUAUAUGAAAAUUGUCAACCCUUUGUUUCUGUUUUUCUUCAGCAAAUUGCUUCUUUAACCAAAUAAUUCUAGUUAUGAUAAAAUCGAAAAUAAAGAAUCAUCGUCUGGUGCAACUGACAAGCCGAUAUCAUUCCCAGCAAGGAGGGAAGAAAAUAAAUUAAAACUUCGAAAACCGCAAUAUUAGCAAUUUUAGAGUAUUUCUAAUUCAUUGGUAUUUUUACCUCUAUAAUAGUCCUCCUGUUUCAAAACACAUGAAGUUUUAUGAAGGAACACAACUAUUACGAAACUUGUUUUUUAAUCUAAAAAAUAUUAUUAAAAUAUAAAUUAAAAAUUAUUUAACUAAUCACAAGAUAAACUACAAAAUAUGAUUGAUUACACUGUUUUUGAUAAAGUUAAAAAAUAUAUUGAAAUAUAAAACAUCAUCUAUUUUGAAACUUCAAAAACUCUCUAAAACAUCAUAUAUUUUGAAAUGAAGGGAGUAGCAUUUAAGUGUGGGUUAUUGGUUGUUGUAUUUUAAUGGAUUUGAAAAUUCGAACUAAAUCUAGUGUUAUUGAUUCUAUGAUUUAAAAAUCUGCAUAUUUUACUUGGAUUUAUAAAUACUACAUGAAUUUCUAAAUCAAUCAAAAUAAAUAAACCAAUAACACCUCUUAAAGGUGAAACUACUCUAAUCCACCUUUAUUUCUUAGCAUUCUUCUAUUUUCUGCUCUAUAUUUAAAAAUUGUUAUUUUAGAAAGAUAGAUUAUAGCAUAUUCCAUCUAUAAAUAGAUUUUUUUUCUAUUUUAGAGGUAAAAAUAGCAAAAUACAUUGGAGAAAGUCUUUUAUUUUUCAUAUAUGUUUUAUCCUCUAGGGUAGGCCUGGGCAUUUUACCCGGACCCGAAGACCUGAACCGGAACCGACCCGAAAAUACAGGUUCGGGUCCGGGUCCAUGCUAAGUACCUAUUGGGUCUUCUUUUUUUGGACCUGCGGGUCUCGGUUCGGGUCCGGGUCCUACCCGAGACCCGUUCGGGUAUCCGAAGUACCCGCAAAUAAUUGUAUAUAAUAGGUAUAUUUGGGUGAUUGAGUAUUUUUUGGUAUUUUGAAUUUUUUUAAAAGUUUCAGGUUUGGAUUUUCGGGUAUAAUUGUAGGUUUCGGGUGAACUUUUAGAUUUUUAGAAAAUAUAAUUUGGGUAUUCGGGUAAAAUUCGGGUAUGUUUUGGGUUUUCGGGUCUGAUUUUGGAUAAAUUUGUGUGUAUUUUUGCGGUUUUUGGGGUAUUUUUAGAGUUUUCGGGUCCAGUUCAGGUAUUUCGGGUCUAUUUCGGAUCCUAAAUACCCGAACCGACCCGGAUCCGAAAUAUACCCGAAAAUUUUGGGUAUUUUACGGGUAUUGAAAUUAUAGACCCGAACCGACCCGAACCCAACCCGGAACCGAUCCGAAAAGUUAUAGAUACCUAUAUGGGUCUAAAUUGCUAGGACCCGAAAGACCCGGAUUCGAUAAUACCCGACCCGAACCCGACCCGAAGACCCGGAUGCCCAGGCCUACUCUAGGGAUCCAUAAUUUUUGAUCAACUGUAUAAUAUUUGAUAUGGCAUAAGUAGGAGUGAAAUUUUAGGUGGAUUAAAUUAGUUGUUGUAGUAUUUAAAUUCCUCUCUGUAAUUAAUUAGUAAUAUCGAUGGAAUAAUAAACUACAAGAACAGUAGCAAGAAACAGAAUCUUAACUGAUUUAAGUAGUAGUCUUACCUUAAAAAUACAGAAGUCCAAAAAGUCAGCACAAGCUAUCACUGUUCUUUCAAGUUCUGUCUUGCUUUAUUUGUACACAAUCACAUUUAAGACUAGUUUUGUUUUGAUUUAUUUAAUUAAUGUAACUGUUUUUUUUUUGUUGGAUGGUUCCUUCUUCCCCAUGAUUAGAUAAAAACAAGCAAGCAAAGCCAGUGCUUCGACCUUGGUUUUACCCUAUUGUGUUGACACCAAAGCAUGCAAAAUCAUACGCAACGAUGACUUUCACUGCUUCCACUCUCACAAUCAAUAAAUCAAUUCAUCCCUUUUUCACCUUACCUACAAGAUGCAGCCGCAUCUACGAUGGUGGCGCCAACAUAACGACCAGUUCAAAUAUGUUUCUUUUUUAGGAUUUCGUUUUAUUUCCUAUUUUAGUUUUGGACUUUUCUUUGUUUCAUAAGAAAGACGGUUUAUAAUAUCCUUAUCCUUAUGGGGUUUGUCCAAACGGAUGGAUAUAUAAACAAAGCUUUGUCUUCUUUGUUUAACACAUUUUGAUUUUAAUAAGAAUAGCUUUGCUUUUAUCUCUUGUUCGAUUUGAUUCAAUUCAUCAAACAUAAAGUUGGUCUCAAGAAGCUAUUGAAAGAAACUCUUGAUCGAUCCAAGAACAAGUCUCGAAGAACCCUAAAUUCUUAGAUCGACCGUUCACUCAUUCGUACGCUGCGCCAGGUUGGUAUCAGAGCUCUGCUACGCUCCAAAUCCUUCUCAACCCGCUACAAUGGUUCGUAAGACUCGUGCUCAACAAUACGCUGAUGACGAUGAUAUCCCGGCUACUCAACAAUCUGUUAAUGAGCUCCAGCAACAGAUUGCAGACCUAGCUACCGUCGUCGCUGCCUUCAGCGCACGACAGCCGCACCUGCACUUCCCCGCCGCAACGACCAGAUCUCUGUCCAUGAUAACUCCGACGAAGACGACGAGAAUCCAUUCGCUCCUCUUCGAAAACCACAACAACAACAACGCCCUCGACGCCACGUCAACAAUAACUCCGAUUCCGAGGAAGAUGCUAUCGAGUCAUCAUGGAAAUCGAGUUUCAAGCUUGAGCUUCCAGUAUUCAAUGGUUCAACGAACGCUGAGGAAUUAUUGGAUUGGUUUGUAACAAUAGAAGAAAUUCUCGAGUUUAAAGAAAUUUCAUUGAAUCGUUGUGUACCCCUAGCCGCCAUACGCUUCCGUGACCGCGCAGCUGCCUAGUGGUCACAAGUAAAGACGACAAGAGCACGAUUGGGCAAAACAAAGAUUACUACAUGGGAUAAGCUUAAACGAGAGAUGCAAAAAAAAUUUCUGCCGUAUAACUAUGACCAACUUAUAUUUCAGAAAUUCCAGAAUCUUCGGCAAGGAGCUCGAUCCAUCGACAAUUACGCCACAUAAUUUUUCAAGAUGAUCAACCGUGUGGAAAUUCGCGACACCGAAGAACAACUAACAAUGCGUUUUGUGGGAGGACUUCCCCAACAAAUCCAACACACUCUUAACUUGUUUCAUCCACAAUCGAUCUCAAAAGCGCAUCAGCAGGCCCUCACGAUAGAGAACCAGAAUCGAACUGGUUCUCAAUCUUGGUCCACGUCGCAGCAAAACAAACAGCCUACAUCAACCCCACCAACAACCAUCAACGACGCAACUUCAAAAACAGAAACUGCCAUUGUACCUAUUAACAAUAACCAACAGGUUCGUCCCGGCGGAUUGCAUUGUUACUCUUGCGGAGAAGCAGGACAUCGUCGGUCCGCUUGUCCACAUCGUACGCGCAAAGGAUUACUUAUCGAAGAAGUACAACAGGAUAAUGACCCUAUCUAUGACGAGGAACCACUCGACCCUGACGAAGAAGCUGAAGAACUUUUCCCCGAUUCGGGUCGACUUCUCGUAGCUCGCCGGUCAUUUUUCACUCCUAAAGCCGAAGAACAUUUCCCACAACGUAACAGACUAUUUCAGUCGCGUUGCACAAUCAAUGGACGAGUCUGCUCCUCUGUAAUCAACUCUGGGAGCUGUGAGAACGUCAUAGCGGAGGAGGCAGUCGCGAAAUUACAACUUCAGGAUGAACCCCACCCAUCUCCAUACAAGCUCUCGUGGCUCCAACUGAACCAUGAUCUUGUUGUGACUCGGCGCGCCGUAGUGUCGUUCUCCGUAGGCACUUCUUACAAAGAUAAGGUUUAUUGCGACGUCGCCCCUAUGGAUGCUUGCCACUUACUUCUCGGGAGACCUUGGGAAUUUGAUCAUCGCAUUAUUCACGAUGGCUUUCUCAACACAUACAGCUUCACUUUCGAGAAUAGAAAGUUCAUCCUCAAACCAUCUCCUCUGACACCGACUCUUGCUAAUCAAACACCCGCCAAUAACACUACAAAGCCGAUGUUAUUUCUUCGUAAAACUCUAUUUGUUUCAGAGAUGCUCAAAGCCGGGCUGGUUCUCGCAGUAAUAACCAAACCUACGUCAGCCACACCCAAAAUAGAGGUUCCGGCGGCCUUUGCGAGCAUUCUUUCCGACUUCGCUGAUGUCUUUCCAAAUGAUCUCCCCGAGGGACUGCCUCUUCUCUGGGACAUCCAACAUCGUAUCGACCUCCUCCCUGACGCUGCCCUUCCUAACCGAUCACAUUACCGUAUGAGCCCAACCGAGCAUGAGGAACUACGAAGACAGGUAGAAGAACUCGUCGCCAAGGGUUUCCUUCGUGAGAGUUUAUCUCCUUGUGCCGUGCCGGCAUUACUAAUCCCCAAGAAAGAUGGUUCUUAGCGAAUGUGCGUAGACAGUCGUGCUAUCAACAAAAUUACAGUCCAUUACCGCUUUCCGAUUCCACGUCUUGAUGACUUCCUUGACCAAAUCGGUACUGCAACAAUCUUCUCCAAACUUGAUCUCAAAAGUGGCUAUCACCAGAUACGAAUCAAUCCCAGAGAUGAAUGGAAAACGACUUUUAAGACACGCGAAGGCCUCUUCGAAUGGAUGGUUAUGCCUUUUGGUUUGUCAAACGCACCAAGUACAUUCAUGCGGGUGAUGAAUCAGGCACUACGACCAUUUAUUGGAAAGUUUGUUGUGGUCUAUUUUGAUGAUAUACUCAUCUUUAGCAGGUCCAUGACUGACCACGUCCGCCAUCUUUCUGAAGUUCUUGAAGUUCUACGCCGUGAUAAGUUCUUCGCAACAUUGAAAAAGUGCGAAUUUGGGUCACUAACAGUCCACUUCCUCGGGUAUAUUGUGUCAUCGCAGGGACUCGCCGUCGACCCUAGUAAGAUAUCUGCCAUACAAUCUUGGCCGACUCCUACAACGAUCACCGAAGUUUGCAGCUUUCACGGAUUAACUUCUUUUUACCGCCAUUUUGUCUCACAGUUCAGCAGUUUGAUGUCGCCAAUUACUGACUGUAUAUGAGAUGGACAGUUCACUUGGACGCCGGAUGCAGCGCGGGCUUUUGAUAUCAUCAAAGAGAAGCUCUGCUCAG